AAAUACACUUCAUACCCAUCUCCAAGCAGUUGUUGGUUGGCUCUUCUCUUUGUUUCUUUUUCUUGUUUCCCAUAUGAGGACAAUCACAGCCAACUCCCCUCAUGACUCUUCCUUCUCAUUCUCUAAGAGAUACUUCCACUGGAAAAAGAAAAUCGAAGAUGAAGACGAUGACGACGAGGAAGAAAUCCUAACUUUCAGCUCCUCCUCGCACGCCUACGAGAAGGAGCCGAAAGUUAACGAGCUUGAUCCCUCGGUGCCAGCACAGAUGCCUGUGGUGAAGGCACCGAGGAGGAAACUGCCACAACUGGCGGUUUCUAAGCUCCGAUCGGCUCUUACUGUUUUCAGCAAGAGGCGGUCGCAUUGUCCAUCAGGUCUCGGCACCCGGGUGGUGGGGACCCUGUUUGGGUACAGGCGGGGGCACGUCCACUUGGCGUUCCAGGAGGAUCCCAAGUUGGGUCCAGCAUUUAUGGUCGAACUCGCCACGCCCACAAGCGUGCUGGUUCGGGAAAUGGCCUCGGGGCUGGUCCGAAUCGCGUUGGAGUGUGAGAAGAAAGCGGAGAAGAGAAGUGUCAAGUUACUGGAAGAGCCGAUCUGGAGGACAUUUUGCAACGGCAAGAAAUGCGGGUACGCUGUGAGGCGCGAAUGCAGGCCGGAGGAGUGGAAGGUGUUGAGGGCGGUGGGGCCGGUCACCAUGGGUGCCGGCGUGCUGCCGGGGGGCGGGAACGAAGCCGGUGGGUCCGAGGGCGAGCUCAUGUACAUGAGAGCCAAGUUUGAGAGAGUUGUGGGGUCUAAGGACUCUGAAGCUUUCUACAUGAUGAACCCUGAUGGCCAUGGAGGCCCUGAACUUAGCAUUUACUUGCUUAGAGUUUAACGAGUUUGGCCACCAGAGUUUCAUUCUAUGCAAUUUGGUACCUGUUAUGAAGGAAAUUGAAUGCAGUUCUAUGUUUAGAACAUAGUAGUGGUUCUUAAGCCUUAAGGUAAUGGAAGUUUAUUUUGAUUCCCCAAGUCUAGGGGGAAUGGGGGUGUGGUUUAUUUUGAAUCUUUUUGGGAAUUGGGGAGGGGGGGGAGGAGUGCAACUUAGCAUGAUAUUAGAUAUGGUUGGGUAUAUUUAUCAUGUAUGUAUAGCAGUAAUAUCAGAACAAUUACUCUUGGUUUUGGA